ACUGCAGACUGCUUGGCACCAUGACGACUCCCGCUCGUUACCCGCACAAAUAAGUGGUAACGGGAGGUCACUCGUGCAUCCGGUCACGCUUCAUUUACUCGGUGAAAUGAUCCACACUUGGGAUAAACGCCUGUUAAUGCCGCGUUAAAUCGCCGCUAUGUCGCAAUCCCGGAUACGUUGUCCGCCGAGUGGACCGUAGCUUUGGUGGCCCGUUGCUCGCUAACAGAGCGCUGACCAACGGGCACUGCAACGAUGGCCGCCGGUCGCCGCGGUUGCGUCAACUCGCUAUGGUCGGGCUCUGAGCGCGUCCGCAUAGGUGAGCGCCUCAAAGCGACGCUGGCCGGGGUUCUGGAGCUGGAAUUGCUUCGCUGCGAACACCACGAGAUGGUGGACGCCGCUCUGGAGGAUCGAGCCAAGGCGGCCGAGGCGCAGCUUGAUCCGGCGCCGGAUGACGGGAACGGACACCAGGAGGCCGAGCGGGGUCCUGCGACACUCCGCGGGCAACAGGCUCCUUCCCCCUCGGACACAAUAGGCUUGUCAAAUAAGAGUAACCCAGACAACUCCUGCAGUAACUCUGGCGACGGGACGGUACAUUCUUCACUAGGCGGGAGGAGUAACUCCCGCUGGUCCUCUUUGUCCUGGGACGCCCCUUCUGACCUGCUGUCACCGCCCACACCGGACCCUGGUGGUGCGGUCAACCUGGAUAGCGAUUCCAGACCGAGCUCAGGUUUCUAUUCAGUGAGUGGGAGCUCUCUGUCCGACUCAUGCUACUCAGUGUCCAGUGAUGCUGCCCAGGGAGUACUAGUACAGGCAACUAGACCCAUAAAGCUUUGGGAGCAGGUCCCUUGUUCAGUGAGCAACACUGACAUCUUAUGGUCAGACUGUGUGGUACAACAGACAAUACAGAAUAAUCAACGCAAUGAUGCUGAGCCAACAGAGGAGCAGUCAAUGUCAGUCUCAAGUGAGCCUGAAGCAUCUGGUCUUAGCUUUUUGUCCGAUCUCUGCUCAGACCACAACCAUUCAUUGAUUUAUUCCCUUCUAAAGCUUGACCGUGUCUCCUUGUCCUCCCAUGCACUAAGACCCCAGUUGGACCCAUGCUACUGUGAAGAUCUUGUAUCUCGUAGGACAAAAGAGGUGUAUUCAUACCCCAGUCCAUUGCAUGCGGUAGCCCUCCAGAGUCCUCUUUUUACCUCUCAGAUGCAAGAGCGAGCUCCGUCUCCACACACUGAGGGAAACCAAGUUAAUGAGCCAACAGAAAGUGUCGGUGUUGAAAAUUUGCCUCAUCAACAUCACAAGGUCAUGACUCCGGCAUCUCUGACCCAGCUGGAGCAGUACAUCUCUCGGCUAGCACAUCAAUACAGGCAUCGGAGUUCUGAUCUCGCACAUUGUCCAGUCAUAUACAGAGGCCUUAGCACGCCUGGUAAAAGUCACGGUUCCACACAGUCCCUGUCUGCUUUUGAAAGCCGUAGUACACAUUCUACGCUGCCAGGGGGUAGUGUAACGCCGUGCAAAUCACUUAUGGGCAACUCAGCUAAAGUAAGCCUCAGCGCUACUGGGAAAAAUGCCACUAGAAACUCGAUCAACCUGGGUAGCCUUCCCUCGGCGACUGGAGAGGAUUUAAACAUAAACUUGAACCUUAACCUGAACUUGAAUCUUGCUCCAAGUUUAAACUCCAAAAGGGGAAUAUUAGAAAAACCCCAAAAUCUGGGGAUUGACUCUCCAACCUCUGUUUCUUCUGUACUGACACAACCCUUGUCAACACCUGGCCCGGCGCUUCGUGCACGCCCUCGAAUUUCCACUUGUCCCACCUCCCUAAACCACCGCAGUUCUCUAGAGAUCACUUCAGGUCCUGGUGCAACUUCUGGAUUUGGAUCAUCAACCUUCUCUCAAUCACUAGACUGGACAGGUGGACAAUCAAAUGAGGUUGGCACCUCAGUGUUUGGUACCAGUUUUGGAUCAGCUCCAGGUUCCCAGCGCAGCAGCUUGCUGCAGGAGCCAGUCUCCAGUCCCAAGCUUAUUGAAGAUUCACCCAUGGUGGGGGAAAUCUCCCGUCUGUCUGGCUUGUCAAGGGCUGUUGUGGUUGGAUUAAUGGAGCAAGGAGUGGAAAUGGACAUCGAUUGCUUUCGGGCGGAGGCAGCCAGUGAGGUGAAGAAACAUAAAGGUCCCCUGAAAGCUCACACAGAGCACCCACAUGACUGCAUUAGACUGACCGACCCGAACCCUCAGAGACCAAUGCAGCUGUCUCUCAGCGUCACCCAUUCUCCGCAGUCUCAGUCCAGUCUCACUCCUCCUCUCUCACACUCCAGCAGCCCGAUUCACCCUUACCAGUCCAUCCAUUCUCCCUCUUCAGUUUACACCACACACAGCCACUAUCAGCGAAUCCCUUCCCCAUCUGACCCACCCUCCUCCCCUACCGCCACAACAGCACAAAGAGCUCACUCUCCUCCACGUCCUCUUCAACCCUCUCCGAUGGGAGGGACUCCUCUCUCAGUAUUUCGAAGAGAUGCCCCUUUCCAGUGUUCACUGCCCCGUACCAUCGCCAGGACAUCUCCUGCGGAAUAUGUCAGCAUCCAUUCUAGGAGUGGGUCACUUCGACACAGUGGGGGAGGAGGUGGGACUGGUUUGGGCUGGACUAGGGUUGAGGGAGAUGGGCUCUAUAGAGGGAAGCAUGCUUCUCAUAAACUGGUCAGGGCAGCAACUGUGAGCAAUUAUGCCAAUAGGGAUGACUAUGGUGCUUCUUGGUGGGAGGACAAACAAGCACAAUCACGCAGAAAGACUUCCAACAAACUUAGCAGAGCAUUCGAGGGGCGUUUCUGGGGAAAGGACACUCAGAGCAAGAGGGAGGAGAUGGAUAGGGUGGAGUAUGGAUACGGAUGGACAAGGAACAUUGGAGGAAGCUGGAGGGGAGAACAGAGAAGGGAAAAGGUGGUGUCCAGCACUCAUGACAAGAUGCCAAAGGUAGAAAGCUCACCUAUUUUCUCCAAGCAGAGGGAGAAGGAAGGUUUAGAAAAACGGAGCUCAAGUGUCAGGAGUUCCAGGAGGGCCCUGUUCAGGAGUGAGUCUCAGGGCUUGCUGGUGCCUCGCAACCAAGAUGAGCCCACAAGAAGGUCAAAUUGGGUUUCCUCAUUUGAUUUGGCGCAAAGUGCCAUGAGUGUGAGCAGGGAUGAGGGUGAAAGAACACUGAGUGCAAAGGAGGACAAGCACCUCUCAUCUACUGCGAGUCUCUUUAAUCUCUCCUGCUCACAGAGUUUUGAGAGCAGCUGUCACUCCCUCUCUCCUCUUUCCUCUCCCUCCUUUUCCCCGUCCCCACCACCAAGACUGCCUCUCCAACGUUCUCGAUCGCUGAGGGAUUUGGGGAGGAGAGUUUUUGGCUCCGUGAGGUCAUUAAGUCUCAAACAGAAAUCAUCGAAGAAGUGACAAUUCAGCUGCUUGGUGUACUGAACAGGAAAUACUGAAUACAGGUUCUCCACCCCCACACUUUAGUUGGUGAGUUCCUCUCAGGCACAUUGAUUGAUUGAUCCAUAAAUGUAUUAUUCCCAAAGGGUGUUACAGCCAAAAUAGAGAGAUUGUGAACUCUUAAGACUGCACUGCAUCUUUCAUUAUAUAAAAUAAGUUCCAAAAGUGUACAAGAGCAAAUGUGAACUAUUAGCAUCUGUUGAUGCAAAUAUCCAUAUAAAUAUUCUGUAUACCUGUGUGGAAACCAAUAUAUAAGUUGCUUUGUUUUUGAUGAUGUAUAGUAUUAAUAUGGGUGAAAUCACACUAAUAGUAAAAAGACAGUUAACACUCUCAUACCAUCAGCGACUUGAAUGCUGUAACUUGUGAGGAUGAAUUUAUUCGUAUAGACUUUUGUGCAUGCUGCUCUGUGACAAGUUCAGUGAUCAGUUAUUGUGUAAUUGAUAUUUUCUAUUAUUGGCAAUCCUGCCUCUCAAGUACAAUCAUACUGGUCAAACGUUGACCAAAACCAAACUUUUUAUCUUGAAUGUGCUCAGGACUUUGAAUGAAUUGUUGAGUGUGGUUAAGUGCAACUAGACAAUGAAUAAAGUAAACCUCAACCUAAACAUCCACUGUGUCAUAAAUACAAGCCUUGUGAAUUGAAAUUGGGUUGGUAGCCCUAAUAGAAUUCAUAAAACAAAACAAUCUGGUUUAUAAUGCACUUGAUUGCCAAAGUCUCUUUGCUUUUAGAGUCAGCAAUGUGAACACUAGAUUUGGGACAAAAUAUUGUUUGCCAAUACAAAAUGUAACGAUAAAAAAGACUGAAUUGGAAUGCCUUUGUUACUGCCCUUCAUGCCAGACAACAUAACGGACAUAGGAAAACGUCACAAUACGCAUUAAGUUUGAAAAAAAAAAAGGAUCGCGAAAUACGGAGUAGAACGCACUGCCACAUGAUUUGAGCAAUUUAGCUUAUACAAGAGUCAGCUCUCCAGGAUGAUAUUAUGUAAAGAGCGACACCCUGUGGCAUGCUCACAGUACAACAUAACAAAACAAUCACCAUAAACACACGGAAUGAGGGUCAAACCUAUAUUUUUUCUGCUUGGGCUUAACGGCAGCUCCGUAGCCACUCGCACGGUAUUGAAACAUUUUUUUCUCACUAACAAGAGGCAGGCUAUCUUUAAAUAUGCAGGGGAAAAAAGCAUUAAAAAAAAAAAAAAAAGAACAAACUAAAUAUGUUGAUAUUGUGCUGCGUUCAUUUAUUGAGAUAGGUAAAACACAGGUAGAGGCGUUCAGAGCAGCUGCAACCCCUAGCUGCUGUUGCUUGCUCCGCUGACUGCUGGCUUCGUUAGGUGCUGAGGCUCUUAUGCUGCCCUCAUGUGAUAUCAUAAUUAUGGUAACUACCACGCCACCUCAAGUCGUAUUUUCUACUGGAAAACUGAUAUUGUAUUAUGAUACAAGAGUUUCUGAGAUGGGACGACUGUUUACUUUUAAAAAUUGUGGAGCGGGGACAUGCAAUUGUGAAUGGUAAGAAACCACGUUUUUUAGGAAGAUUUAUCGUCAAAUUGUACGUUUUUUUGAUGCCAGCAUCAAAACGUAGUGUACACAUUAUAAAACUUUUUUUUAACCAAGUGGUUGCUCAAACAUUCAGUUAAAAACAAAAACUCACCAUUUGCAUUAUGAUGCAAUCUCUUAUUGUAGUAAAUGAAUUCAUAGGUCUAUAACCGUUUUGCCCACAUAACAAACCAAAAUGAAAUCAAUGUUUGCUGUUGCUACGACAACAAAAGCACGUGAACAGGAUGUACUCAUAACUACCAAUUAGCAAGUGGUGAUAAUCAUCUUUCCCAGAGUUGUGAAGGCAGCAUCAGAAGUGGAACUGUGUAGAACCCCCACACAAACACACUCACACUAACAUCCAUUUUAAUUUAACCGCCAACGCUGCAUUUUCAAUGCGCCGAGGCCGUUUGACUGUGACCUUAAGCAUCCUGCCCCUCUUUAUAAUUGGCUAGCUGGCUGCCUUCAAUCAAUUGGAUCGUUUAACUGGCAGACAUAUGAAGAUAGGUGGGAUUUACUGAGUAUGAUCACUCCUCCCAGAAAAAAAAUCCCAAAUAAAAUUAACAGAAAGCUAUGCUUUUAAUUCAUGGUGGGGGCAGGCACCAUGGCAGCACUGUCUGCCAAUUAAAUUAAGAAGGACUAAAUUGAACUUUUAUUUUCUAACAUUUUUUUUUAUAUUGUAUCGUGACGUAUCAUUUCGUGACACUGGCGUACUGAGGUGCAUCGUAUCAUGAGUUUAAGUGUAUCGUCCCAUUCAUAGUGAACACAUCUGAUCUCUGCAGAAACACAUGCUCUUCCCGUUGCUAGGGAACACUAUUUCUUCAUUCAACAAAUUAGAGAUGGUUUCUCAUCAAAAGCAUGAAAAUCAGUCCUAACUAUUACCUGGUAGUGUACAAUUACUGCUCCUCACUCACCUCAAAAAAAAAAAAAAAAAAAGACAUCAAUGGUUCAGAAUUUCAUUUCAGAGUGUAUAGUGGGCCUGCAUCCAACAAAGUCUGUGGGCUUGGUUGAGGCUUCAUUAGGGUGUGACCUAAAGCUGAAUUUCUACCAAGCAGUACGUGUCGGGUUGGGUCAGCCCGUGACCUCACUUUAAUGUGUCAGUCUUAUUACCCUAUUCUCCAGAGCUGCUUUUUGUGCUGGAGGCAAACAUGCCUCGAUACAUGGCCUUCUCCCGGAGUAACUCGUUGCUAAUCUUCUCCUCGACCAUCUGAAGGUACCUUUUGAUGUUUCCAUCUGUGAGAGAAAAGGCCAAAGACAGGAAUUACUUGAUUGUGCCAUGAGUAAUAUUAAAUUAAAAAAAUAUAUAAAAAAAACCAACUGAAAUUUGCAGAACAUACAAUAUUUCUCAAAAAUUUUGCAAACACUUGCAUGUCAUUUCACGCUGACUUGUGAUA